UCCAAUACGUUUUAGAUAUGGUGUAAUUGAUAAUUAAUUAAUUGUUAUAAAUAGAAUAUCACUUAUGAUAAAACAUAAUAAAAUCUGAUAAAUAUAAAUCUUGUUUGGAUUUAAGUUAGUGACUAGUUGACUUAUGCGGAUUGAAGUUAGUCAUUAUUGUUUUUGUGUGAAAAGUGAUUUGUGAAAAAACUGUUUUUAGCCAUGGAUUCCUUCUUCAGCCUGUUCGACCCUUCGGACGGAGCCAAUAAGGGCCAGAGCAGGAAGAAACACCGCACAGAGCAGGACAACGUCAAGAAGAAAGCUGACGCGCACGCGCCGCCUAAAGGCAGACGCCGAGGCCGCCGCAGCCAUAAGAACGAGACGCUCCCAGAGGAAUCGUCUUUCCUCUGCGAGCCUGAGCUCAGCACUGACCUGCUAGUGAAGGAUGGCAGCUAUAUCGAGAGCUACAUCGAGGUCAACAAGAAGGAUGAAGGUAGGAGAUAUCUCUAUAGUCACCUAAUAGAUGGCGCUGACUCAUGAGUUACUAUGGAAUAC